AUGCCAUUCAGCAGAAUGUCAGUCAACGUCCCGAUAUAUGAAGGAACCCUGCUGGCCUCCCGCUACGAGGUACAGGCCUUUCUUGGCGAAGGGACCUUUGGAAAAGUCGUCAAGUGUGCAGACACUGUAACCAACACAAAGGUGGCCAUCAAAAUAACCAAGGACGAUCCCUUUUUCACUGAGCAAGCACUGGAAGAGAUUAAAAUUCUCAAACAGCUGCAGAAUCUGAAUCCAGACAAAUGCCAUCUUGUGAGCUGGAUCGGCUCCUUCCUCCAUGAAACACUCAUUUGUCUGCAGUUUGAGCUGCUGGACCUGAGUCUGCACGACUACAUGCAGCAGAGAUGUUUCCAGUCUCUGCCCAUGGGUGAGAUCCGCCCAGUUCUACAUCAGCUGACCACAGCACUGCUGCACCUUGAGGCCCUGGAAAUCAUGCAUGCAGAUCUAAAGCCAGAAAAUGUUAUGGUGGUGGAUCGCAGGCAGCGGCCGCUGCAAGUCAAGCUCAUUGACUUUGGUCUUGCUCACCAUGUGUACACUGCUGUUCCAGGGUCAUGUGUGCAGAGUCUGUGGUACAGGUGA